CGCUCGUUGGUAGUGCAAAGGUCUUAAAAUUGUAUGUGGCUGAUGAAUGAUUAUGGAGUUACCGAACAAUUUGAUACAAGAACAGGUUGUUUGGCAGCUUCUACCUAUCAUAUUGAGCAAAAAGACGUCUAGAAAGCAUGCUUUGUCAGAUAAAGAGUGCCAACAGAUUAAAGAGGUUGGGCAACUGUGGACUAAAUGCUGUGAUCCAUGUUGUGUUAUUUCACUUGCGGCUGUUGAUGUUUUGGUACAUCUGGUUGUGAAGAAUGUUUUGGAUUUUAGCUAUGUUAUGCAUGGUUUUGUGGCUCAAACUUUGUCAACAAGGCAUAUCCUUGGACCAAUUCGUGGUGUAAUAAAGUUAUUAUGUUUUCAAGUGAAGUCCACUAUAGAAGUUGAUUCAUACAAUUUGAGCUCAAAUCUGCAUCCAUAUACUAAGAUAUUGGCUAACUGUCCUUGGUCAUGGCCAAUGCUUCUUCAAGAGGUUGAAAAUAUUUUCCAGACAACGAAUAAGAGGUUUAUUUCGUCAUUUGUUGCAAUAUUUGAAGCUUUCUUCCAACAUGUUUUUUUCAACCCUAAAACUGAUUACUCCGCUUGCAAAAGUUUACACGUAUUGUUGUUGGAAAUAUCGUCGGAUAUGAUGGAGGGAAAAGAUAUAGUUGUAUUCGAUAGGAUUCUGAAAUUGAUUACUAACCAUCUUCGAUUUUACAAGAACAAUAUGGAAUCACUUGGUCACAGUGUUUCAUUGUGUCAUCAAACAUUACGAUGGUUUUUGAAAUACAACUGUGAGAAACUUGACAAUCAUAUGAAGGCAAUGACUGUACUCUUCAUUGAAAUGGUACACAAACAGUUGUCUCUUGGGAUGUCAAUGAUGUCAUCACUUGUUUUGUUAAGGAAGAUAACGCUAAGAAAACCAUGGAUUCCACUUGGGAAUGGCACCAUGUUUUUGAUAUCUCAUCUUUUACUUAGCUGUUCGGGAUAUUAUGUUGAAGAACUUAUCCAUGCUGCUUCAAACUUGGCCCAUUACAUCCUGUCGAAAGGUGGCGAUGGCACACAGAAACUUUCCUUUUUAAUUCUUCCUUUGCUGCAAAUUCUCUCCUCAUCAAGACACCGAGAAAAUGAAACCACCGUUUUCACUCUUGCUUCUCGACUUCUGAAAGAUAUUGAAGAUGCGCUUCAAUCUACAAAUUUUACAAAUGAAAACAAGGCAGAAUCUUUUCCUCGGGGGGAGUUAAUGAAGAAGUGCAGUAUUUGUGAAAACAUUUAUAUUUUAUGCCGCAAUGAUGAGUCAGCACUCCUGCAAUGGCUGCGUUCUGUGGAGACAUCGUUAUCUUCUUCCAGCCAGAUCAAUAAAGAAUUAAGUUUCAUCUCAUUGCUUCUCUCAAGUUUCUUGUUGACUUGUAACAGUUCGAUAACUGUUCAUGUUCUGACUACCAUAGUAUCGGUAUGCAAAGCUGACCCAACACAGGCACCGUACUUUUUUCCAUUGAUGCUUUUUAAAAUGGAAAGAUGCUCAACACCAGAAGAGAAAUUUCAUUUGCUUCAGACCAUUCCUAAACUUGCGACCCAUAAGGUUUGCGUAAAACAAGUCUUGGGUAUAUUGCUGGUUCUUAACAACAAUUCCGAACUCAAAGCAAUUACUCUUAGAUUAAUGUUUAAACUUUGGAUGUCCCAACCACGAGUUUUUAAGCAUCUGCACCCCAUGCUUCAAGAAAAGACACUAUCUUUAAACCCGGAGUCCUGGGCCGAACUUCAACUGGCUAAAGCUGUGACAAUAAGGGAUAUCUGUAGAGAAAGACCUUUUCAACACGCGGAAGAUCUCGUUGGCAUGAUUGAUGCGAUUAUUAAUGAAAAUGCUGAUAAGAAUUCGAAAGUGAAUAUUGUAUUAGUUUGUCUUGCUUUGGAUUCCCUGGAAACUUUGGUUGCAGCAGAGGUUAUAAAUUUGGCAACGAUUUGGGAGGUUUUUAAGGCUAAAUUGGAGCAUCAUUCUAACCCAAUGGUCCUGCGUUGCCUGUGUGAUUUGUUUUCUCUCGUGCCGUCAUCGGUUGUUGAUUCAAAGCAAUAUGAGAAUUUCAAAGAAAACGUAUUGUUGUUUCUCUGGAGAUAUUCAGAGCAUGAGAAUGAAGACAUAUCAGAUGCAUCGUACAAAGCUUUGUCAAAAUUUGAAAUUAAAGAUUUUUUAAUAAGACACCUUCCAAAGCAGACUCGUCAGACAGUUACCCAGCGUCUUCUCUUAACACCAAAGAUUAAGAAAAUGAUGGAAGAGUGUUUACAAAAUGAGAAAGAAAUGGACAUCGAAACUCUACCGAUUCCUGCAUAUUUUUAUGUAGAGCUCUUGCAGAGAAAAGUAAUCUUCCCUUGUUGUUAUCAAGGUUUGGAAGAGUUUUUGAAAAGCAUUGUAAAUGAAAGCAGUUCAAGCUAG